CACGUCGUCCGGCACAGACCGCUUCCGGUUCUUCCACUUCCGACGGACAGCCCGCGAUGCCCUGAAAUGUACCGGCCGUCAAUGGAAGAGUUUAAUGAUUAGCUCGUGGAAACGUCUUGGCGACAGCCGAUAGACAACAGCGACUAUAACAUUCGCAGUACCGAGAAAGUAGGAAGAAAAAUAAAAAUGCACAACUCGACUUACGCUUGCAUGGCCAGGACUAACGGGUCCAACCAACAGCCUUCGGAUCACGAGACCGGCGCCGACCGCCAAAACAACAGUCUGAUGUUCGCCAAGAUACAAUUGCCCAAGUUGGAAAACGACUUGCAAAACUACAACGUGAGGAUGGAUUCUAGAUCACACGCUGACCAAAAUAAAGACGGUUCGACGGACCAAACGAUCCGGAGGUACCGGACGGCGUUUACCAGAGAACAGUUGCUCAGGUUAGAAAAAGAGUUUUACAAAGAGAACUACGUGUCCAGACCUAGGCGAUGUGAGCUGGCUACCGAGUUGAACCUGCCCGAGUCCACGAUCAAAGUGUGGUUCCAAAACCGUCGGAUGAAGGACAAACGGCAGCGGAUCGCCAUGGCCUGGCCGUAUGCCGUAUACACGGACCCCACGUUCGCGGCCACCGUGCUGCAGGCGGCCGCGGCCAGCGCCCACGUUAACGGCACGCUGCCCGACAUAGCGGCCAUCGCCAACGCUUACCAGUACACAGCGGCUGCGGCGGCCGCGACGCCCGGUUACUUCCACGAGUACGCCAAGUUCCAGGCGCACGGCUACAAUCCGACGCCGUCGUCUUCGUCGUCCACGCCGUCGCCGCUGCACAUGCUGAAAAAGCCGUUCGUCCACCAUCACCACCAGAACCACGUUCACCAUCAAAAUCGUCACUUGCAGCAUCAACAUCAACAUCAACAGCACGCGGACGCGUCGACCGCCGCCGAGUCGCUGAACCGGUUGCACAACGGCCUGCAACAUUCGACCAACAACUUCAAACCGUCGUCGGACGCGCCGCCGGCAGACACCGAUUAUCAAGGCGGCACUAGCUGCAAGUGCGGCAUCGUCAACUGCGUGUUGACCAGCGUGGACACGGCGGCCAAUCGCGGCGCCUCGUCCAUCACACCGUCCCCGACACCCGAACACUUGCCACCGCCGCCCGUGUCGUUUUUCAUGACGUCCACGUCACCGGCGGCGGCCACAGCCACAGCAAAAAGCCCGGACGGCCAAUCCGACUGUUCAGCGGCCGUCCACGAACAAGUGUACCACAAAGAAUACACCAAGAACAAAUUAUUCCAGCCCUACAAGACCGACGUAGCCACCAAACUUAAUUAGUUUCUACAAGAUACCGCAAUACUUAUAGUAUUCGUUGGCAUGAUGUAGAUAACUUCUUACCACACCCUCAUCGACUCAAAACGACCUACAAAGAUAUAAAUAGAUGAUUAGCAUAAAGAUAUAAUUAAUGAAAAGGAUACUAGAUUUGCAUAGGCCUUUUUAUUAAUACGUCAAUGGAUUGCUAAUUGUUCCAAAAGUAUUUGAUAGUCAUUUAAUGGCGACUCAUAAGUCAUACCAAGCACUAAUUUGUGCUCAACACACAUAGCACGAAUCAUACCUAUGUAUACAUUAUUUAUUAUAUGUAUAAACAAUGAAUUAGUUAAAAAUUGUCUUUAUCGCUAAAAAUGAAUUUUUAACCCAAACGUAAACUAUAGCGAAUUUACGUGGUUUGCUAGCUAACAUAAUAUUAUACGCUUAGCAAUUUUUUAGUUAAUGAUCUAUGUCUGUGAUGAUCCCUUAAAAGCGAAUGCACAAAUGCUGCUAUCAUAUCAUACUCAAAUACCUUCCCUCUAGCACCAAAAAGAUAUGUUUUUUGGUCGCCAAACUGACCUAGACCACCUCUCUCGUUUUUUUUUCUAUCUUAGGACGACCGGUUAGUGGGGACCACAACCUAGCAUUGGUGGAGAUCAGAGCCCCCGGGUUUUGGAUACUAAACAUCUUAAAACUUUAAAUUAGCGCUUUUCAAAAUACCUACAUUUAUUUUUUAGCAAGAGACUUAUUAAAAUUAAAACAAAUUUUAAGUUUUUUUGAGAUCCCAAGCUUCCCCCCGAUCUUCGUCAAUGCCACCUAGUCGUUGUAUAUUAAUUUCUUACCUAAUUUCGCCUAUUUGAAGUCUUACAUAAAUCUUCCUCCUCCUUAACAUGAUUUGUUCCGUCACACUUAUUUUUCUCUAAUUGCUUAAACUCAAGCAGUUCAAUUAUCCGAUCCAUCCAUCAUUAGAUUCCUAUAUAAGUUAAACAACAUCUCAACUUUUGCCAUACCGUUUAAAGACAACAAUUGAUUUGAUUUAUGUGUAGACGGUUUGAUCCUUCUUUUUUACUAGUCGUGUGAUCAACAACACAAGUCAUGUACAUCCG